CUCCAACCAACCACCGUCCACAGUCCACUCUUCUCCGCAAUCUCCUCACCGCAUUCAUGGCUCUCAUCACCGUCUCGGGGUUUCCCUGCUCGGGCAAGUCGACGCGCGCCCAACAGCUCCGCGACUACCUCCAGGAGCGCAUAGACGCUCCGGACUACCAAGGGCCGAAGUUUGAUGUUGUCCUCGUUGACGACGCUGCGUGUCACGUGUCUAGGAGCGCGUACGAUGACAGCAAGACCGAGAAGCCAGCCCGCGCGGCCCUCUUCACAGCCGCAACCCGUGCCCUUCGCCCUGAUAGCAUUACGAUCCUCGAUAGCGCAAACUACAUCAAAGGGUUUAGGUAUCAGCUCUAUUGCGCGGCACGGGAGGCCGGAGUCCGCGUUGCCACGAUUCGGGUAGCUGCACCGCCCAACAAAUGCGCUGAAUGGCAUGCCGCACGCCCAGAGGGAGAGCGCUACACGGACUCAACAUUUGACAACCUGAUCCAGCGGUAUGAGGAGCCCAACUCGAUGGUGCGAUGGGACUCGCCGCUUUUCACUGUCUCAUGGGACGAGGAGCUGCCCGCCGAGGACAUAUGGCGCGCUAUCCGGACUGGUGAGAAGCGCCCGCCGAACCAGGCCGUCAAUCAGCGCAGCGCACCGCCACCGGGGACGCUCCAGACGUUGACGAGAACUACGAGCACAAUAGUAAGCGCUCUUCUUGCGCACCUCGCGGGUGGGCAGACGCCGACAUUUCCCAUUCCGUCGCCUCCGGCGCGGCAGGGCCUCGUCCUCCACUUGCCGGGUCACAAGCCGACUCUAAGUGAGAUGCAGCGGCUCAAGCGCCAGUUCGAGGCGACGCAGACAGGCGCACAGCGCUCCGGCGGCGGAGCCGCAGGUAGCUGGACGGAACCGGAGGUAGCGGCCAACUUUGUCACGUUCCUCGAGAACGUGUGGGAGACCAACUAGAUCGACAUGUGUCUAGAGAGAUGCAUGGUACAUGUUGUACUGUA